AGUUUUGGGAAUAUUCUUCCCAAGGCAGAUAAUGGCUCCAGUCAUGUUGAUUUUUAGAGCAGUAAGACAUCUAUCUUCUUCAUCAGCGCUUGUUCUCUUUUCAAAAUUUUCGCGCCGUGACCACGGUGGCGGAAACCUUCAUGACGUAGCCCUGACAUAGCAAUGUGGACUUACUAGGCCGUCUCAUUCUAGCGUUCAAUGCUGAGGAGGAGUCUAGCAUAGAAGCCUCAAAAGGACUGUUCUGUGAAGGACGCAGCCUCACUAGGAAGCAGCCUAGUGUAUUUGCAGGUUGUGUUUGUGUGCAUCUGAAGCGAACAGAAUAUUGUGGUCGCAAACUACAGCCAGUGUUUCGCUUUGUGUGUGUGUCAUGUCUUCAGCCCCUACAUUGUGUGGGCUGUUUGCUGUUUACGGGGACUCAGACAGGUAUUUAUGAAAGUCUGUAAUAACCACAAACUUAUGGUGAAGAAAGAUCGGAUGACACCGAUGAAAUAAAACACUGUGGCUCAGGAUCAGCACGGAUGGAGUUAAUGCAGCUCAAAGAUGGGUUUCUUGCAUUUCUGAAAACACUGGGACUUGAACAAUACUACCCAAACAAGCUGACUCUGAGGUCUUUGCUGGAGAUCAAUAGUGCUAGUUUAUCUGAUGAAGAGGUUCACUCACUGCAAGCAAUACCAUGGGCUUUCCUAUGCAAAUUACUGAUGGUUAAUUCAAAUUCAAGAUCUAUAAUAUGUGUACUAGGUGAAAAUAAUGAAACAGGUGAUUUGUUUGCUGAGCAGGACUGUGAUGGUACUCCAAAUCUUCUAGAUCUCCACACUGCCCUCUUUGUCUGUGCAGACAGUUUCCUUCAGCAAGAAAUGGCACUUAAGAUGUCAAUGUGCCAGUUUGCAGUACCAUUUGUGUUACCUCAAGGAGUACAUAAUCAAUGCAUCCUUAUGUUAUGGGCUCUUCGAGGUAUCCUGAAAGAAUGGCGUCCCCAUUCAAUGUCAGAAUCUAAAGGCUUUGUUGAAGACAGUGUUGUUCAUGCGGAAAUUCCCUUGAUAUCAUUUGUGAGGCUAAGCAACUGCAGCUUGUCCAAGUCACAGGUUUUGAACCAAGUGCUCAACACGUCACAGCAGCAUCAUGAUUUUUUUUCUCAUCGAGAAAUGAUUGGAGGAUCUGCUCCCAGGGUAAUUUCUAAUGGCAUGGUUGAAAUAUGCUGGAAUCUGCCAAGUGGAAACAACAGCAUUGAUGUCUUUCCUGAGCCAGUGGCUGUUGCUAAUUUAAGAGGAGAUAUUUGCACUUUUGAAACACAAUUCAGUUUCCUUACGCAAGUGACAACAGCUGUCUUUGUUUUCCUGGACAGUGUUAAUGAAAAUGAGCAAAGGCUGUUUGCCUCUUUACAAGAAAUGAAGUCCAAAAUCUUUCUUGUGGUCAAUGCUAAGAGAAAUAUGAGCCAGAAUAUGAAGUCAUCCAUUAAAGCAGCAAUUGAUACUCUGCAGUUGGAAAGAGAUCACAUCAUUCCAAAAACCCAAAACAUGAAUUUGGCUACUUUCUCAAAGACGAUCACUUCUGUCAUUAAAAAAGUGCUAAGUGAGCAUCACAGAUCAUAUGAAAUCGAGGCUAUGAAGAGAAUUGCUCAAGAAUUAGGUCUUGGCAUUGAUGAAAGUGAAAACAAAGCCUCAAUAUCAGCAGAAGAAACAGCAGAGAAAAUUAUGAAAAAUAUUGGCGUUCGUCCCAUAGUGGAAUAUAAAAAGACACGGCUGCCACUUCAAGGUGAAAACUGGAAAAGACUGGCUCGCAUAGAAAAAGAGCAAUGCCGAUUACAACAUUCAAGGGAACUGAGUUUGGAAGAAUAUAAGGUCCAACUUCAAAAGGACAAAGAUGAAAUUCGGAAGAAACAAAGCCAGUAUAAGAUGACUGAAACAAUGGACAUCUUAAUAAAGACAUUGUCGACCUCUGAUGACACUGAGCGAGCCUUUUUUCUCAGAUGGCUGGGACUAAAGCUGGACUUGCGAUCACGCAAACACAUGGCAAACCUACGGCACAAAUAUACACGGUGUGAACAACAGAAAGACAGAGAUGCUAUAGCCCGAUUAGACCAGGAGCUUCUUGAUUGUUCUCUUGGCAUAGAGCAUUACAUGAGAGAAAUGGGACAAGUCUAUGAGGCUGCUUCAUUUGCUUCAACUAAAAUGUCUGACAAAAUUCUCAGUCUCCCUACUCUGGCUGCCAAAAUGCUUCUGGCUGGGUUUCCUCUUGAACUACUUGAUGGAGAUGCAUCAAAUAUCCCAGAGAAAUGGGUGAGUGAUGUUCUCAUGGAGCUUCACAGGAUGGUUGGGGAGAAGAGCCGUUUGCUGGUUCUGACAGUGUUAGGGGUUCAGAGUACUGGUAAAUCAACACUGCUCAACACCAUGUUUGGAGUUCAGUUUGCAGUGAGCAGUGGACGAUGCACACGUGGAGCGUACAUGAUUUUCCUUCCUGUGGGUAAAGACUUGAAGGAGGAGUUACUUUGUGACUUUAUCCUUCUGAUUGAUACAGAGGGUUUGAAAUCACCAGCACUGGCACAACUGGAAGACAGUUAUGAGCAUGACAAUGAAUUGGCCACGUUUGUGAUUGGUCUUAGUGAUGUAACCAUCAUCAAUGUAGCAAUGGAGAAUUCGACAGAGAUGAAGGAUGUCUUGCAGAUAGCGGUUCAUGCCUUUUUACGGAUGAACGAAGUUGGUAAAAAAACAGUUUGUCAUUUUGUCCACCAAAAUGUUGCUGGUGUAUCUGCACAUGACAAAAACAUGACAGACCGAAAAAAUCUCCUGGAACAAUUAAAUGAGAUGACAGUGAUUGCAGCUGAGAUGGAAAAGCAGCCUAACGUGAAGAAAUUCACUGAUGUCUUGGAUUAUGAUGUGGAAAAGAAUAACUGGUAUAUACCAGGCCUAUGGCAUGGCACACCUCCAAUGGCACAAGUUAAUGCAGGCUACAGUGUGGCUGUGUUUGAUUUUAAGAAAAACCUCUUGGAGAUGCUCAAAGCAAGAAAACAACCCUCCCAGAUCCCAGAGUUCCUGCAAUGGAUGAGUAGCUUGUGGAGGGCAGUGAAGUUUGAGAACUUCAUCUUUAGUUUCAGAAACAGUCUUGUGGCCCAUGCGUAUGACAACCUUUGCAAAGAGUUUUCAGACUGGGAGUGGUCUUUCAGAAGACACAUCUUCUCUUUGCUUCGUACUGCAGAAGUUCAAAUAUCUAACACUGAUACCAGUUGUAUUCAUGAGGUUGUUGAUGCACUUAAAAAAAAUUCAGAUAAAGAGAUCACGCUUCAAACAAAAGCAAUUACUGAGAAAUUGAAAGACUACUACAAAAGGAAAGACCGUUAUGUGCACUUGGUUGAAAAGUACAAAGCUGAUUUUACCAAUAGCAUUAAAUCUCUGGAGACUGAAAUGAAGCAUGAAGUAAGGAAGAGAUUAGAUGCUGCUCUUAAUAUAAGACAAAACAAGGAGAAAGUAGAAGGAAUUCAUAGUAAGCAAGCUUCUAUGAUUGAGCGCCAAGUCCUCGAAUUACUGCAGAACUACAAACAGCGAAAAGUUGAGGUGUCUGAUGAGGAUCUCAAAGCUGAUUUUGAGAGAAUGUGGCGAAAAGAGGUGGCAAACAUCACUGGUCUAAAAGAAAGAGAUGUUGCUUCUGAUGUUUUUAAUCAAUUGCAAGCAAGUUUAGGAAAUCGGAAAAUCAUGGAGGAUUUACUAAAUGUUGACAAUGUGACACAAUGUGGGCAAGUAGAUUUCAAAGCCAGGAAAACACAUGUGAAAUUGGGAAAAUUAAAAGGUUUAGUAUAUGCGCACCGUAGUGCAAAGCAUGAUCUACAGCUUAUUGCAGAUGAUGCAAUUACCGAUUGCAAUAGAUUGAUUGAAGAGUUUACACAAUCCAACAGUAAUUAUCAAGAGACAUUUACAAAAGCUCUGCUUGAUGCAAUUGAUGUACAACUCAAAAAUGCAUGUGAUAAAUUCAAUACCAAAUUUGAAAUUGACCUGAAAUUGCACAUUUGUGGCAUUGCCUCUCGGAAAUUUCUUGAGAUGAACAGGAAGUAUGUCAUUGAGCAUGAUCCGUUACAAUGUUUACAGAAAUUUAAGAAUCAGUACCUCUCUGAUUUCAUUGAUUUGUACAAAGAGAGGGAUCAGUGUCAAAGGAAAGCACAAGACUUCACUCAGCUCUGUCUCAAGCCAGCAGUGACUGAAUACAUCAACCAGUCUAUUGGACCUGACAUUGUUGAUGCAGUUUUGGAGAAUAAGACUACUGAGUAUAGUUCACGAGCACUAUUUCAGUACACCAUCCUGAAGGAACUACUGGAAAAAUCGAAUUUCUGUGAUUUUGCAGAGUACAUUUUGCAUUAUGAGAAUUAUGCCAAAGAUUGGAUAUACAAUCACAUUGUUAAAUGCUUUUCCAAAGACAUGUCUCUGCAAAAAUUGAAAAAGAAGAAGCUGGAAAUCAUAAUCAAAAAGAUCACUGAAGCAGUUGAAACUUGUAAGCAUGAAGACAAUGGGUCUCCUUUGCCCAAUAAUGCAGAAGGUACCACAAUUUUGAUCCAGAACCUGUGCAAAGCUAUGAGCCAUGUCAUCUCAAUAUCCAUGAACACUGUGGAGAGGGUCCUGUUUCAGAACACAAGCUGUUGUGAUCCAUUUAGCAAAAGUCUCUAUGAAUGUAUUGAUGACCUGAAACAGCAAAUAGAAAAGGAGAUCUCAACUGAUAUCACUGAGACACUGAAAAAUGUGUCAGUAAAACCCCAAGAUGAGCUUUUCAAGAGGGUGUUUGGUUGUGGAGUGCAGUGUCCCUUUUGCAAAACACCAUGUGAGGCAGGAGGAAAGAAACAUAAGCUACACCACGCAGCUGUGCAUAGACCACAAGGACUUUGUGCCUAUAGAAAUUUCGUGACUAAUAUUCUUUGUGAAGAGAUUUGUACAUCUAGUGUACAUGGCAAAGGGACGUUUCAAAACCGUGAAACAGAUUUCCAACCUCAUCCAUACAAAGACUACCAGAAAUACUAUCCAGACUGGCAUAUUGCACCUGACAUGUCUAUAGAGGCCUCUGAUUACUGGAAGUAUGUGCUGGUGACAUUCAAUAAGCAAUUUGCUGAAAGAUAUAAAGCAUUGCCAGCUGUGUAUCCAGAUGUGUGGAAUGGAAUCACUAAAGAGCAGGCUUUGAUUAGUCUGAAGCAUGUGUUUAAUGUUAAAUAAUGGAUGACCUGGCAAAAUAUCACUGCAGAAAUACUGCCAUUCAUGAAGAGGACAACUCCAUCACUCACAGUUCCAUCACUAAUGGUAUUGCUCAGAUGAAUCAGGAACUGGAGCGCUAGUUAUGUCUGAUUGCUGACUGUUGAGACAUCUUCUUACUUACUAUUACCUAUAUAUAGAAUCAGUGUUACGAAAAGUGAUUUUUGGGGAUUUAAAUGCUUUUUAAUAAACAUUUUAUCUGUAUGUCUACAAUGAUAAAAAAAAUUAAAAAGUGUAGUUAGGAUUUUUAUAACAUUUUGAUGUUAAUUCAAAUGUUACAAUUAUGUUUAUUAAUUACUUGGUUACAAUUAUUAUAACUUUGUUAUAAAUGUUACAAUUAUGUUUAGUGACUACUUUCCAAAUUCAAAUGAAUGCAUUAUUCAGAACAUAUUGUAUGAACGUAUGAGUAUAUUCAUGAACUAACUGCUUAAACAACACAUACUUUAUCAAUCUGUCAAUCAAAAUUAGUUGCAAAGGCAAGUGUUAUUGCAAUGUGAUUUACAAAUA